AUGCCUGCCUUUAAGCAUUUUCUCUUAAACCCCCUGCUUUUAUAUAAUAAAAUUCAUUAUAAUUCCACAUUUAUAAUUUUUUUCUGUUCUCAGCCAGGCUAGUUCUAUUUUAUCUUUUGCAAGCAAAUUCACUAAAAAUACGCCCACAAUCAGUUUUUUUACAAACUUCCUACUAUGAGAAAACCCAAUCUACAAGUCUAGGCACACUUGCAGAUGGCAUUGACAAAUUAAAUCAAGAUCUCACAGAUCUGGCUCAACAAUUGGACGAAUCCUUAAAAGCCCUCAACGACCAAGUGAAAAAUUCAAUAGAUAUUUCAGACGAAUACAGCACCGCACUAAUAACAGCCAAUAUAAAUGAUAUUAAGCGGCAGCUUGACGCAUUAGACCAACAAAUUUCUCAGCUAGAGGCAGAAUACACUACAAUCCAAUAUUGCCAAGACAAGCUUUCCUGUGGCCUCUGCACCGAGAGAACUGACUGUGUAUGAUGUUCUGAAGAAAAAACCUGCGUUAGCGGAGACGAAAACGGACCAUCAGGAGAAGGAUGUUUUGAUUAUUACUAUGGACAAUGUGAUAACACUGGCUGCGAUAUUUAUCUGUCCUGCGAUAAUUGUAUUGCUGACCCACUCUGUGGAUGAUGCGAAAACGGCGAUUUUUGUGUGUCUGGGACUGAAGACGGCUCAGACCAAUGCAAAUCAGAUUUUUAUAUUCAUAAAGAUGGAAGCAACAGCAUAUGCCCUGCAGUUGGCAAUUCUGGCUCAGAUACCGAUUUAUAUGUAAACACAAACAAUUUAGAACAAAAAGAUGAAGAUGACUAUCAAGCAGAUUUAGACGUUUUGUAUGGGGUCAAAGAAGAUUUAGAAAAACAAUUAGAGCAGCUUGAAGAUGCCCUUGAUGAAAUAAAUGAUGAAGCAAGAAAAGCUGAAAAUAGAGAUAUGGGAGAUAUCGCUGUAGAAAAUGAUUUAGGAGGAAUUGGAGAUAUGGUGGAUAGCCAGUAUGAAGAUGAAAUAGAAGAAAGCAAAGAUUAUCAAUGGGAGCUUGUAGAAGAAUCUUCAGAAGAAACUAUUGACCAAGUCAAUGAACAAGUUGUAGAAAGCACUGACUCAGUUGAUGAAAAUAUAAAUGAGUCAUAUUCGGCUAUUCAAGAUAGACUAGAUGAAGUGGAAAGUGAAUUAAAUAGUGAAAUAGAUGCAUUAGAAAGCGAUAUAGAAAGCUUGCAAACAGAAGUGGACUCGUCAGCUGCACAAAGUAAUACAACAACCACAGAAACUACGACAACUGAUGGGACAACAACAGAUGAAACGACUGAUGGAACAACUGAGACAAGUGAAGCUGAUACAACUGAGUCAACAGAAACAUCGGAGUCUUCUGAUGCAACUUCAUCAGAAACAGCAGAAUAG